AUGGCGACAAUGAAAGGAGCAGAGCUAAAGCAGUUUCAGACGACGUGUCAAGCACUUCGAGAUGAGAUUACGACCUUAUAUGAAGAACGCAAUGUUCAACCAGUGGAUGAAAUGCUUUUGAAACAACGUCGUUGGCGUGUGCUUCUUCUACUAAGUGCGAUGAAAGCAGGAUUACGUGAUACGUUUGUGGUCGCUGAUGUGCGUCGGACACGUGUUCAGGAGAAGAAAAACGUGGCAGAGUCCCAUCAAUUACAAUUACAAAAUUUAUUGUAUGAAAAGGACCAUUUAUUGCGUGAAAUUCGACGUUGUCAAGGAUUUAGCACGAAAGAAUUGGACAAAAUCGAAUUUGAGGAUGGCCAUCUCCCGAUUCAAGUGGACCCUAAAAGUCAUCGUGCCCAUUUGGAGCAAUUGACAAAAGAAUUGGGGACUCGAAAAAGUCUUCAAUUGGAAUUAAAGGAGCUUAAACUCAAGAUUAUCAAGGUAAAGAAUGCGACAGAGACGAAACAGGCGUUUUUAGACGCUUUGCCCGAUCAUUUGACAAGUAUUGAAGCUGCAACGACGGGAUUGCAGACAUAUAUGGGCGAACCAGUGUCAAGCCAGAGAAAUCAACAUCAAAUUGCUGGUGUGGAACUAGCCUCACCACUGUACGCACUAUAUUGUGAGCUAGAGGCAUAUCAGACUGCGAGUGGCGAUGCAGGCAAGCAGUUAAAGCUGGAAGUUGUUGAUUCGAUGGGCACAAAGCACACAGGUGUAUUCCGCAAGCGUGGCUUCCCAUUGGCACUUGAUCGGCAGGACUAUUCGACGGUUGGGAUCAAAAAAUUGAAAGCAUCGUCCGGCUUGCCAUCUGCAAGUGUUGGUGGAGCGACUACGUCACCACGUGCACCGUCUCGAUCACCGUCAAUGAAACGUGCAGUGGAUGACGAUCAAGAGCCAGAGAGUGGAGAGAUUGUCGUAGCUGCGCAUACUGCUGAGAAGCUGCUGGAACUGCAUCCUCAUGCGUCACCGUCAGAAGAUGAAGAGACGAACGAAGAAACAUUAGGACCUCAGCACUCUCAUCAAGAUCAGAAUGAGUGCUUGGGUGGUACAUCUUCGUCUGCACUGAACCUAUGGAAACCUCAUGCGAAGGCUUUGCAGCUGACACUAUCCGUCCAGAUUCCACUCGAUGCCGACAAGAGCGGACAUUCAGUCAAGAACGUCUCAGGCUCAUUCACUGUGUUGUUCCAAUACCUUCCUAUGGCUAAGAUUGUCACGGCCGAGGUUGUGAAAACCGUCCCUGCAAGCUACAACCAAGUCAACCAGCAGCGAAAUAUUUUGAUGAAUCUUUUUCCAGGCGACGAUGGUCUGUCCGUGCCUCAAUUGGCUGUAAACUACAUUUUCCAAGACGAGAGUGAAGAGCGAGUUGAAGUGGAGUUUCCUGUGAAUGCUACAUGCCGACCUUACUACUGGGCACAGUGGGUCUGCGGCCUGAACCCGGUAAAGCGUCCAGAUCCAUCCCAAAUGGACAACAAUGCCGUCAAGGAGAAAUUUUGUCGCCGGCCAGAGCCAUCGGUACGUAAUGUUAUGGCCCAGCUUGUGAAGCGUUUCGUGGCUACAAUGGUGCUCAAGAACCACUUAGAUCUUCUGGCCAAGUCUACCAGUGCUUUGAAUCCGUCAUCAAACGACGACUCUGGCUUUGUACAUCCGCUUGCGCGCCAUUUGUUCUUACAUGAAGUGAAGACACACCUCGAGGAGUGGAAUGCAAUUCCUGCGCCACCGCAAGACGUUUUUCAGUAUCUCAAAGAGGAUGCUGCUCUGUCGAUGCGUCCACGCGCACAAUUCCAUUUAUCCACGACAGGCUGUCAGUACUUUCGUGCUUGUUUCAAGAAUGGUCAGACCAAAGUGUCUGCUAUCGUUGAGAUAUCGCCGGAGUACCCUGUGCGCGCGCCACGCUUCCUUUUCCAGCCACGUUCGUCGACGAGUAGCAAAGCAAUGGACAAGAGUCAGAUCUCCGUGUACGACAACCACCUGAAGGAAAUUGAGGUCGAAGUGAAUGCGUACUACGAUGAAUUGAUCCCCAAGGGUAGCGAGCAUUUUCUUCUUCUCCACCAGCUCCGUAAGAUCGAGCAAUGCUUCGACGUACUUUGCAGCAGUGCAGUUGAUGGUGACGUCGAUCUGUCGCUCUGUUUUGGUCGUAACCGUCGUGGUAAAGACCGUCGUCAAGCCAUGGUCAUGGACACCGUAUCUAAGGGAUUGCGUCACAGAUAA